CUCUAUGGUGUGAGACGUCAGUAGUCAAAAUAUUUUCAAAGUUCAAUGUCAACAAAGUUGUUUUACUACAAUACAAAUCUAUAAGUUCGAAUCUGGUAAUAAAUUUUCUGACUAUCGCAUAUGAUGUGAUCGCAGUACAAUAAGGACUAAAAAUAGGUGAAAUAUCUAUUGGCCGAAAGCUUUGGUUGUGUAUCAAUAAAAUGUUGAAUUUGUGGUGGUUUCUCACCUCUUAUGUGAGAUCAGUUGUUAAGUGGUUCUUAAGAAAAACCACAGGUCUUUGCGAGUUACAAAGGAUCUGUUAUGGGGAAGUGUCUGGAGCUCCAAGGAUUCUAGCAGUCGAAAGAUCUCUGAACCUUUCGAAGAGCCCACAGUUGAAAAAGUUGGUUUCCCAUCUGAAUGAUAUAAGCGACAAUCUGAGACUCAAAGGUUCGAACGAACGGGAAAUCUUGACAGGGGCUGUAAGUACCGUGCUUCUAGUCAAAAAAAUAAAUCCGCGGAUCCAUUUUCAAUUUGUUAAAAACUUCAGUAAGUGCGUUGAGCAAAUUUGGGGUUAUAGACAGCUUAUAGCCGAAAUCGAAUCUUUGAGAACUGUGAGUUUCGAUUCAGAAAAUGCGGAGCACGAAGAGAAGCUGUUGAAGCUGUGGAAAGCCUUGAUGCCGGACGAUAAAUUAGCAAGCCGUAUUUGUAAGCAGUGGCAGGAUAUUGGUUUUCAAGGGGAAGAUCCAAAGACUGAUUUCCGAGGGAUGGGGAUCUUGGGUCUGGAGAAUCUUCUAUUUUUCGCAACCGAAUAUGAGGCAGCUGCUCGACAUGUCUUGUCCCACAGCCAUCAUCCAGCUUUCGGAUAUUGCUUUGCCAUAGUUGGAAUUAACUUGACUAGUAUGGCAUUGCAGCUUGUUCGAAGCGGUGAUGCUAAGACUUACUUUUAUAACAAUUCAAAGUGCUUGCCUAGUAUUAGACUGUUUCAUCAGUUUUAUAGUUUUUUAUUUUACGAGUUCGAUAGGUAUUGGUUGGAGUGUGAACCAGCGGACAUUAUGGAAUUCUCUUCUAUCAGAACGAAAUUCGAGAAUAAUAUCAGGAAUAGUCUCAUGGACCCUAGAACUGUAUAUAAAAUCAAUAUUUGGAUUGACACAGUAUGAUGGAUAUAAUCAGAUAGGUAUUUUUAUCUCUAUGGUUAUAUAAACAUGUUUUGUAGGUUAUAACUCUAGGGGUAGUCAAAAUGCUGUUCUCCGAGACUGCUGUUUUGCUUAAAAUUGAUGCCCGAGUGUAUAUUCCGUUUAAAAGUAUUCAUCAAAAUUAUUCGUAAGAUUAAAGGAUUAAACUGAUGAAAAGUCUAUUAUACACCUCAUUUUUGAAAUACAAAAAUCACUUCUUUAAUGUAUCCACUAUAUUGCAAAGGUUCAAGCUUUCAAACCACCUUUUGCUUUUGGAAAAGUUUAAUAACUGGUGUUGAAGUACGCUGCCAUUUAUGCUAAGUCUGGACGAAGUUCUUCACUUCUUGCCUGCAUUGUGAUUUCAUAAAAGUAGUGUUUUAUUUUUUCAUGUUAUGUAGUUGUAUGUGUGAAUAACAAACAUAAAAAUAAGAAGAAAAAGUGACUAGUCUAGUAUACAUAUAUAUUUUGUUAUGUAAUUUAGAACACUUCUGCCGGUUCACUUUAUUUAUUUUGAAAUUUGGAAUUGCUCAAACAGAUAUUUUCUGUCAGUCAAAUUAUGGUGGUUUUGGUGAUUAGUUCACUAUUUGUAUUAUCGUUUAUAAAUUUUAGUAUAUAUUUGAAUAUUGUAUAUUUAUUUGUGGAUGUGAGAUGUAUACUGUGUAUUUAUUUUUUUAAUAAAGUUUUAAUUUGUAUUAAA